AUGGCUACCCCUAGUGUCCUUGCUUUUGACGCUGAGGGUCGGGCCAUUGACUUUGACGUCUGGGUAGAUGACCUACAGCUUUUCCUACAGUGCGAUAGGGCAAACGGUCUCUCCCACUUUGACCUCACCUUUGGUGCCUCUCCUGCCCCUGCAGCUGAUGCUGACGCCACUGUUCGCUCACACUGGGCCACACACGAUGCUGCUGCACGUCUUGCUGUGCGUCGCCACGUGCCUACCUCUGAGCGUGCUCACUUUAGCCAGUACAAGAGUGCUCAGACCCUGGACCACUUCCUCCCAAUUUGCCCCACCACUCUCACCAUUGACCUCCUCGAGAAGGCCCUCCUAGCAGCGGAGAAGAGCAUAGUCGUUGUAGGAGCCUCUUGUGGUGACCCGCGCACCCCCAUCUUUGAGGGGUGUUCCCCCUCCCCACUUUUGCCCUCUGUUGCCUCUGCUACUGCGGCCGACCUCGUUGGGCUUGAGUCGGUCAUACGGCGUCUACCCCUAGCAGGAGACGCCGCCCUGGCAAAGGCAAGGGGGGCAGGGGCGCUGGAGGAGCUAGCAGGGGCGGUGGAGGCGGCGGUGGAGGCGGCGGAGGGAGUGGGGGUGGCGGUGGGGGUGGUGGUGGGGGUGGAGCUGUCGGUGGCAGCAGUGGAGGCGGAGGCGGCGGUGGUGGCGGUGGGAGCGGAGGUGGCGGAGGUGGCGGCGGUGGAGGAGGCGGUGGCGGAGGAGGUGGAGCUGGUCGGGGUGGCGCUACGCAGAGGGUCGGCUCCGGUGGUGGUCAGCGCCAGCAGCAGCAGCACGAGCAGCGCACUCGUGACAUCCCCCCCCCUCAGCAGCUCCGUGAGUGCGUCACCAGUUCCGGAGGCCACGGAGAUCCCCCGCUGGGGUGAGCUGUCUAGGGCGGGAGUAGCUAUCUUUGACCUUGACUUUGAUGCUAUUCUUGCUGCCAUGUAUGCUGUGACUAUUAGUGAUGAGGGUGACUGUUACCGGUGUUUCCCGCCCGACCCGGGCAUUGAGACUGCUGCUCUAGGUACUGAUGAGGCUGCUGCUCUAGGUGCUAGCGAGGCUGCUGCUCUAGGUGCUAGUGCGUCUGCUUCCUUAGGUGCUGGUGAGGCCGCGCUCUUAGGUACCGAGUCGGCUUUGGCCUCCCUCACCUUCACCCUUGACUUGGGGGCUUCUCGCUCCUUCUUUCGAGACCGCACCACACUCACGCCGCUUGGUCGGCCAGUUGCAGUCUCUCUAGCAGACCCCUCUGGGGGUCCUGUCCUUGCUCACUUCUCCACUGUCCUCCCGUGUCCGGCAGCUCCCUCUAGCACCCUGUCUGGUCUUUACCUCCCCUCGUUCUCUACGAACAUGGUGAGUGGUGCUGACCUACACGAUGGGGGAGUUCAACAGUUCACUCCUGUGAGCCAGCGGGUGACCCACUGCACGGACGCUCAGACGGGCCGACACUUGGCCACGUUUACUCGUCGGCCAGGGUCGAGCCUGUACACAUUGACCAUUGCGUCUCCUCCUAUCCCUGCGUCUGGUCAGGUAGCUGCGUUGGUUCAGGUGUUUGCUGCAGCGUCCAGGUCUGGUCUUGAGUCUGCCCCCUGCUCGUGUCGCCUCCUGUCUCACGAGACUCUCCUGUGGCACCACCGCCUUGGUCACCCCUCCCUGCUUCGUCUCCGAGGCAUGGCCUCCCGUGUCCUUGUCUCUGGUCUUCCCCGGUCCCUCCCUCCGGAGCCUGGCCCUACUUGCGUCCCCUGUGUCGAGGGACGGCAGCAGGCUGCCCCUCACUCCUCCUAG